AAGGAGAUUUAAAAGUCUUUUACAUUUCCAGCUUUAAGACAAUUAUAUUAGUUGUUUAUGUCUUAACGUGAAUGACGCAAGUUUUAAUAGCCUAGAGGCGACAAUGCUGUUUAGCGAAGUUCUAAUUCAUUGAGAAUGGAUUGUUAGGUUACCCGGAUAUUUGUUAUGUACAUUGCCAAUAUACCAGGGACAUCACAAUUUACUAAAAACUUGGGAUAUACACAACGCACUGACGCUGGUCUCCAAGCUUCAUUUAACGAUAAAUUACCUCAAAUAGACUUUGAAUCUUCAUCAUCUCUUAUUGCAAGCAUGAACACGGAUAAUCAGAGUAAGCAGCGGCCGAGCGAACUUUCCAAACAUAAUGAAGAGAAAGAACAUUUUGAAGAUGAAAGUCCAAGAUAUAAAGAAAAGGCGUUUCAGUUUUCACCUAAAUAUCGAUGGAGCCGCAAAAAACAUCCUUUAUCGUCGCGAUUUGGGACGGAUUCUUUCUUACCUUGCGUUGUUCUAAUGAAGAAAAAGGGUCGAACGUCUCCUCCUGUAGCUGUAAAUGUAUCGAAUAUAGGACUGAGUGCAACUACUGCUAAGCAACAUCACCCACCGAGACAUACGCAUAGACGAGCAUCACUGGGUGUCAUAAAAGAGCGUGGCACAGGGGGAGAAGAAGCCACAUGGGCGCGACUAUCUCAACGUAGAAGGACGUCUCUUCCAACUACUUUUCAUAGCUCAAGAAAACAGACUGUAAUGUCUUCAGUACUCGUGGAAACUUCCGUGAUUGCAGAUUUGCACACAGCGUUAAAUGAGCUCUCUGUUGCCUCCAGUGCAGGAAAUUCAGACAUUGAAAAAUGCGCGAGUCGUAUGCAAAAACUUUUAAAACCAUACAGGAAUGAAAACUUGUGUCCAAGUCAAGUAGUCUGGCUUCAUGAUUCGAUCUCUAGCACCUCCGAUGGAUCGGAUGAUGAAGAAAUAGCAAGAGGGAAUAGAUCCAACUUCAAUAAGAGAACGUCGAGUCGCCGUCAAGAUUGGCCGAAUAAUGAUGGCGGGGUUUGGACAACGACUACUUCAGCCACUGGAUUGCCGUCCCAUGAACCUGGUCCUGUUAAGUCAAAACGCCUACCCAAGAUACAGAAAACACCCUCAAAUACGCCUCACGAUUCCCGAUGCAGUUCUCCUAUCAGCGGUAAAGACGUCGGAAGUUUAUCGAGACGACGAACCAUUCAUAAUAUAGGACCCUAUAGUCCAGGUCGGUCUCAAACAUUUUUUUCUUCUCAAGAAGAAUCUGGCAACCCUGGACACAAGGAGGGGAAAGAUGGUCGAAGAAGUAAAUCAUUUUCGCUGUUCACUUCGUCAGAUUAUGAAAGUUGUGAUAACUUACUAACUGAUGGAAGCGAAGGAGAAACUGUAAAACAAAUGCCAGAUCUUCAACAACCAACUUCAGCCGGAAGAAGGGGAACACUAGAAGGGUCAUCUCACGACAAUGAGCAAAGUCCGAAGAUUAGAAUGUUGAUAACUGAGCCGACCAUAGAUGAAGGAAGUGAAGAAGAUGAACGACUAUUAGCAAGCGAUGAGAGUACGGAUGAUGAGCAGGCUUCAAGUCAUAAAUCAUCCGAUUGCGAAUCUUAUACCGAGAAUUUAACUGUGGAUGGGGUGUCGCCAGAGGAGCUUCAUAGGAUAUUUACAGACGACGAUUAUAAAGCUGAUUUGUUGGAAAAAGUCUACAGCUGGAAUUUUCCAAUAUUCGAACUCGCCGAUGAAACGCACUGUGUAUUGAGCCAGAUGGCUUAUAAAUUAUUUGAUGACACUGGUCUGUUCGCAACUUUCAAAAUUCCGAGGAAAGCAUUCGUGGAUUACAUGCGUGCACUGGAAAACGGAUACAGGAACAUCCCAUAUCACAAUCGAAUUCAUGCAUCUGACGUUCUUCAUGGUUGUUGGUAUCUCACAACCCAACAAAUACCGGGAUUUUCUGAAACGUCUCCACUAUUCAGCUCAGAUUCGUCAGAUUCGGACAGUGGUACGGCGGCACACACACAAGUUAACACUGUAGGCAGUGGUUCGUUAGCUCAGGCAAUCCCAGCUCUCGAACUUAUGGCUCUCUAUUUAGCUGCAGCCAUGCAUGACUAUGAUCACCCAGGCAGAACCAACGCUUUUUUGGUCGAAACAAGGCAUCCUUUGGCCAUGUUAUACAAUGACCGAUCAGUUCUUGAGAAUCAUCAUGCAUCAGCGUCAUGGGAAUUACUUCAUUCAAAACCUUCGUACGACUUUCUAGUAAAUCUAGACGUCGCUGAGUGGAAACGAUUGAGAUUUUUAAUCGUUGAAGCGAUCCUUGCGACAGAUCUCAAAAAACAUUUUGAAUUAAUGUCUCGAUUUUCGUCGAAAAUUUCAAGACGCAACGACGCUAGUUCAGAAGUCGCUGACCCUAGCAGACAUGAAGGUUGCCUGACAUGGACAGCUGACGAGGAUCGACUGUUAGUCUGUCAAAUGGUCAUCAAACUUGCGGACAUCGGUGGCCCAACUAAGAUCAGAGACUUACAUGUCACAUGGACUAGAGCUAUAUGUCAAGAAUUUUUCACUCAGGGAGAUGAAGAGCGGCAACUUAACUCCCCAGUCUCCCCGUUUAUGGAUCGUGAGCAACCUCAAGUGGCCCAACUUCAGCGAACGUUCAUCAAGAAUCUGAUCGCACCUCUCGUUUGCAAAAUGCAUAAAGCAGGGAUUUUAGCAGGAUAUGUGGAAGACGGCGAUGAAAAAGGGGAGGAAGAUAAUAUAUUAGAACCAACUGAAGAAAACACGAUAAUCAAUUGUCGAAGUUUGGUUCGAGAACAACUGGCCGAUAACUUGCGAUAUUGGCAUUCUAUAUUAGAAGAAAAGUUGAAAGGUCAAGACGAGAUGGAUAAAGUAUUUAAAUGCUGUCACAAUGUGACGCUAGAGCAUGAAAACUACGAUGCCGUCGAUACUGAUUUUGCAAAAAACCUGAUAGAAAGUCGACGGCAGAAGUUACUUCUUCAUAACAACAACGCUUCAGUGGUUGCAAGAAAUGCGCCGAAGUCGAGCAAAAAAGAUUCAACGAUAACAAAAGACAAACAUAGAAACGAAAUUCAAAAUUUUCCUAAAAUAAAUUUUCCACCCCCCAAAUCUCAAACGGAAUUAAAAUCCCCCCCAGCACUGUGCAAUGUAUCUGAUAAAACUAAAACUAGGCCGAGGUUAUUUAGAAAGAUUCCUUGAGACCUAAAAUCAUAUCUUUAUUAAACGGGAAACGCAGGUUCGAAACUCGGUCAGUCUAUGAGAAGCAGAAUGUACCGAUAAAAGCACACAUACAGACAUCGUGUCUGCCUGUGUUGGGAAAAAAAAUUUUGGAAUUUAGAAAUAUUGGAAUUGCUAUAUCGUGCAGUGGAACCCAAGGAUGGCCAAAUUGAAUUAUCUUUCAUUCUGAAAUAUUUAGCGCUGGACAUUUUGAAUGCCUGAUGAUUUCAGAAUUGAAUCGAAUAUUUUGGUACGAGUCUAUACAAAGUAACUAAAUUUUGAAUGUAUUUAUCCAAUUUGAUCUGGAUAUUCUCUAGAAAAAAAAACCAUCAAAAGUUUGGAUGCCUCUGAAUAGGGCGUACCAAGAUGACGCACAACCUGAACAUAGUAUGUUUAUCAGGUUAGGGUUCAGGUUGUGCGCCAUCUUGGUGUACAUACUUCUGGAACGCCAAAGUUUAAAUGAAUAAAAAUUUGAAUUAUUAUUUGUGUUGAGCAUUUAAAACAAACAAUCCUUUUAAAUACCCAAAUAUCUCUAUAUUCAAAUUCAAUUUGAUCAUCCCCCAUCUCUUGUCGCAAAGAAAGGUAAUUUUAUUGAAAGAAGUUUGAAUUCAAAUGGAUGACCUCCUGAAGUAUGCGCACCAAGAUGGCGCACAACCUGAAUUCGCUUUGUGUACCAGGUAAGGGUUCAGGUUAUGCGACAUCUUGGUGCGCAUACUUCAGGAGUACCCAAAUGGAAAUAUCUUUAAUUAAUCUUAAAAGUCAAGAAUUUAUAUUGAAUAACCUAAUUUUUGGUGUUCUCUCGGACACCGAUUAAGAUUGUACGACUAUCCUUCAAUCCCCCUCAUUACGUUUCAAAUUUUACUGCCACAUUAGAAUCGGUAAUUUUACAACUGUAAUGUUUUACUAUAAUUAUGAUUGAAACCAAUUUUUUGAGGAAUUUAUUCCCUACUCUUAACACAUGGGGAAUUCCCCUCCCCAUAAACGGGAAAUUCCCCGCUGUAUCAUUCACAUACUCAGGGAUUUAAUAUAUAUUACAGAUAAGAAAACAAAGCUCAGAAGAGUGAAACUUUUAAAUCAAAAUUGCUUCGAUUCAGACAGAAUUUUCUCAGCAAGUUAUUAUCUUUGGGGGGGGGGGGGGUGAUUUGACCGCUUGAAAAAGUAAUUUUUAAAUUUACCAGAGGGUUAAACAAGACAACGGUUAGUACCUUAAAUAGAAAAUUUUUCUCUUAACCAAAGAUGUAAUAACAUUCUCUCCCUCUAUUGUUUGCACCGGUAUAUUACCAGAUUCGAAAUGGUAUGGUUGGUUAAACCAGGCAAUGUUAUUAUUGACCAGUAUGUUGUUCACUGUCAAAAUUGGCAUUAACACAACUGGUACUAUUUGUAGUUGGCCUUGCCAUAACUGAUACCAGAAUACCAUAGGAAGUACCAGAACUAGGAUAUUAUGAUUGGUAUGUAACAUUCACUGCACUAGUUGGGUUUGCCAUAACGAUACCGGAAUACUAAAACAAUUACCAAACAACCAUUCAGGAAUACCAUUACUGGUACCAGACUACCAGAAAAGUAAAAUAUUAAGAUUGGUAAUUCCAUUCACUGCACCAGUUGUCUUAACCAUAACUAGUACCAGAAUACCAUAACUUCUACUGUAAUGCCAUAAUUAGUACCAGACAAUUAUAACUGGUAUCGAAAUACCAUGUAUACUACCUGAAACCCCUAUCUGGUACCAGAUAACCAUCCAGCAUGGUCUACAUACCUUGUUGAUUAAAUUCUGUCUGAAAUGUGUAUUCUUCUUCUUUUUUGCUCGCGUUUUUUUCAUACUCUUUCUAAUAUUCAAAGUUAUUAUUUUGUGUGUGUUCUCAUGUACGCCUAUUAUGUUACUGUCCAUUGUAUUACUGCUCAGCCGUGCUCCGUGAAUGGGGUAAAAAUUUUAUGACAGAUGACAAUUUUUUUCUAAGUUGAAUAAAUUUUUGCCCGGCUGUCUUGCAAAGUGAUUUUUAACAUAUAUCAUCUAUUCCUAAUCUUCUGUCUUUAUGGCAGCCCAAGAUCUUUCUAAGGAGAGGAUCAUUCAAAUGUCGAUUAGGACCAUAUAUACGCGAUAUUUUUCUAUUGUGAAACUUUUUAUGCCUGACCUGGACUGGUUCGUCUUGUAUUUGAGUCGUCGACUUGCCCCUCCCCCCUCCCUCCCCCCUCAAUGAAAAUAAAAUACUUUACACAGCGAUAACCUCAAAACUCAAUGUUACUGCGAUCAGAUCCGACCAAAAUAAUCAGUCUCUUCUACUUCGAUAUGAUUUUCAUCUCAGCCUGAGCUGGCAGCAUCGGCAUCGUGCCUUUAAGGUUGCAAUUAUUCUGUCCAGUCAUGCUUGAAUGAUUUUUGUAGAAAUUUGAAUGAUACAAAAAGUAGACCAGACCCGGAACACCAUAUUACCUACUGUCAUCAAUGUCAUAAUCUUAUGUUAUUAUAUCACUAUUUCUUUCUUUAUGAUGUCACACUGCAUGUUAUGACACGAUACAUUGUUACCCAUUAAUGAUGUCACAAGAAGUGCUAUGACCUCACAAUUUUAUAAAUAUGACAUCUAAUGCUUUUCUCAUACUCAAGAUUUUUCUUUUUUGCACUUUCAGAGUUGCUGUAUUGUGUGGUAUAUUCAGGGGAAAUACCCCUCCCUACACCUCACAUCAUUUUGUGCCCCCCUAAAAAUUUGUUUCUCAUAAUGUUAUCAGACUCUGGAAACAGUUGCUCAUUGCAUAUUCGAUGAAUGCUCAAACAGAACCUUCAUUUAAAAUAAAAUAUUAAUUUCUUGCGCAACCUUCAAAUCCGUUUUCUUGUUUUUUUAGACGAAAAUUUCGGCUUUGAAGUUUAGGUUGUUUUUCCUGGAUAUCCCGCACUUUGGGUUAAUAGGCUGUAUUUCUGUGAUGUCCAAUCAGGUUUCAUCAGGUUUUUUGAGUUUGUGACCAUAUUUCCAGUGUUUGGAAUUUUGAAGUAAGAGAAUUUGUAUUAAUCAAUGUUUCCCAUAUAUUCAAAUACCUUUAAGAACGGCGGGGGGGGGGGGGGGAAACCCCUGUCUAUCUGCCUAUGGGCAUGAUUGGACAUUGUUAGAAACGAUCACUAACGAAUUGUUUUUCUUCAACUGAAGUUCUAGUCAACAAUAUGGAGUAAAUACUGCUGGAAAAAUAGUGAACUAACCUGGAGUUUGCAUGUAAAUGAAAUUCCUGGUAAUUUUACUUAUUUUUUGCAACAGUGAUGUAUAUGUUUCAAAUAAUAAACCAGACAACACAGUG